AAACUCCUUAAUUAGGGUCUCAAUAAUGCCGUGUUACUAGUUUUGACUUUUGAUUAUAUGUAUAAGAAUGAGAUAUGCAAAUGAAAUGAUGAAUACCUUUAGGGGUGAACUUCAUCGUUCUGGUUGAUUUAUUGGCAAAAUAACAAUGGAAGAUGUGAAGCUGCAUUCAAUUGCGAUAAGCAUUUUUUGUAGUAGAGUGAUAUGGGCUUUGAAAUUGAAAGGAAUAAAGUAUGAGUAUAUAGAGGAGGAUCUUCAAAAUAAGAGUGAAAAUCUCUUAAAGUACAAUCCAGUUUACAAGAAGGUACCAGUUCUUGUUCAUGGUGGAAAGGCAAUUUCAGAAUCAAUGAUAAUCGUUGAAUAUAUCGAAGAGACAUGGCCUGACAAGUACCCGUUACUCCCCAAGGAUCCUUAUGAGAGAUCGGUAGCUCGGUUUUGGGCCAAGUUCGCCAGUGACAUGGACCCUCUUUUUACAAGGUAUUUUUGCACACGCGGGGAAGUGCAAGACCAGGCAAUGAAAGAAAUCCUGGGAAUGCUAAGAAGUGUAGAAGAACAUGGUCUUGGUGAUGGAAGGAAAUUCUUUGGUGGGGAAAUUCUAGGAUUUGCAGAUAUAGCCUUUGGACGCUUGGUGCUUAUGAUCAAUGGCAUGACAGACAUACCAGGACUGUCGAACCCUCUUGAGGCAGAGAAGUUCCCUCGGCUUGAAUCUUGGAUCAAAAGGUUUAGCGAAGUUCCAAUAAUCAAAGAAAACCAACCAAACUAUGAUGGAUGGUUGGCCUAUGCCAAACGCAACUUGCAGAAUCUUUUUCCUUCGCCCUCUGCGUGAUGUUUGUAUGCAUUUUCUUGUAAUAAAAAUUGACAUAUGGUUUGCGCAACACCGGUUAAUUAUAUCCCCAUCCGAUGUAGCUGGCUAUGGGGUGGCUUACUGGUUUGUUUCUUCACUAAAAUGAAUCUCAUUCGUCAUUCCAUUCCAACUUUUUCAUUCAUGAGGAAAAUCAAUUUUGAGUUUCUUCUAGCUUUUUCUUUGA